CACGCCAGUACAACGGAGCAAAUAUGAAAUUCUGUAUGUGGGUAGCCGGACUCUUCAAAUUACCUGUUACAGUACCUGUCUCAGCUAUAAACCUAUGUUCAUCCGGUCCUAUGUUAGCUAGCUCCGCUCCAGUUAUGAUAUUAAUUUACCUGAUGUUUGAAUGGUCGAACAUCAUGGCUUCUGGAAUUUCAAUAACAGCUUAUAAGACCAGAAUGAAUGCUGCGGUCGUCAAGCAACUGGACCAGUUGAGUCCGGUCGGUGCGGCCUUUACCUCUCUUCUCCUUCAAUAUGAUCCUUCAGGUCGCCUCAUUGAUUGUGGGCGUAUUGACAUUGCUGAGGCCGGUUCUCUCUGAGCAACUUGCCUUCCCCGGUGCGGAAGGCUUCGGCCGUUAUGCGACUGGGGGUCGAGGUGGCAGCGUCUAUACCGUAACGAACCUCAAGGAUAGUGGUCCCGGGUCCCUCAGAGAUGCGGUCUCGAAAACAGACCGCAUCGUUGUGUUUGCCGUGGGCGGGACGAUCAACAUCGAAUCCCGGAUUGUGGUCAGCAAAAGCGUGACGAUCUUGGGCCAAACGGCACCUGGUGGUGGAAUUACUACGUACGGCAAUGGCUGGUCUUUCUCGAAUGCGGAUAAUACGAUUGCACGUUAUAUUCGCAUUCGAAUGGGCAAGGGUGGCGAUGCUCGCAAAGACGGUAUUGCGCUUGCGGAAGGAUCCAAUAUGAUCUUCGACCAUCUAUCCGUCACCUGGGGCCGUGACGAGACGUUUUCCAUCAGUGGCGAUGUCUCGAACAUCACCAUCCAAAACAGCAUCAUUGGCCAGGGCUUGGAACCGCACUCGUGCGGCGGUCUCAUCCAGACAGACGGGGGAGUUUCGCUGUUCCGGAACCUCUACAUCGACAAUAAGACGCGCAACCCCAAAGUCAAGGGCAAGAACGACUUCACUAACAAUGUGGUGUACAACUGGGGCGGUGGAGGGGCCUACAUCGCGGGCGAUUCGGACGGCAAGUCGUCCGCCAACAUCAUUGGGAACUACUUCAUCUCCGGACCAAGCUCGUCCGGUGGAGCAUUUACGCGCGGCAAUGCCAACUUCAACGGAUACGUACUCGACAAUUUCUACGAUCCGAACAAGAACGGCGCGCUCGAUGGGACGGCCUUGGGCGCUUCGUCGUCGAACUAUGGCGGCAUGGCGCUGGCGUCAACCAAGUUCGACUAUCCUGCGCCAGAGAAGAUCCUAGGGGCCACGGAUGCGGUAGCGCAUGUCCUCAGUAGCGUUGGAGCAUCUAAGGUCCGCGAUCCGGUCGAUACUCUCUUGAUCAAUGAGGUCAAGUCCUGGGGGAAGAAUGGGAAGCUGAUCUCGGAUGAGAAGGCCAGUCCUGUCAAUGGGCCUGGCGUUGUCGCUUCGGGGGCAGCAGCAAAAGACAGCGAUGGCGAUGGGAUUCCCGACGAUACUGAGACCAAACUUGGGAGUAGUCCCUCAGUUGCGGACAGCAUAGAGGUUAAAGAUGGCUAUACGAAUGUUGAGAACUGGGCCAAUUCGCUCGUUCCAUCCUCUUACUAA